UCGAGGAUCAGAAAUAAGUGGCUGGAAGAACUCUAUCAAGUGCAUUGCAACCGCAUUAAAGGGGAGGCAUAUCCGAGGCGCUGAGACCAAGUGAGUAAAGUGAGUGCAGGCAGUAAAGUGGCCGGUCACAUUAUUAAAGAGACCGGACGGGGAAAAUCAUGAUGUUUACACAGACGCCCACAUCCCGCCUCCCCCCAAAAAUGAAACGACAUUCAGGGGAGCAGUGUACUGAGAUGGAUCCCAUCCUGGAGGUCCUGAGUGGGGCCAACACUACUGGAGGCCCCUCCUUGAACCACAGCAACAACCCCCUGGACAUGUUCUCUGGCAUGCAGCUGCUGCUACGCUUCAAGCCCCUCUUCCUGCCCCUCUACUGCCUCCUGGUGGCUGUGGCCGGCAUAGGCAACUCCAUCCUGCUGGCCUGUAUCCUGGCCGAUAAGAAGCUCCACAACGCCACCAACUUCUUCAUUGGUAACCUGGCGGCCGGCGACCUGCUGAUGUGUCUGACCUGUGUCCCUCUGACAGCCUCGUACGCCUUCGACAGCCGCGGCUGGGCCUUCGGACGCCCUCUCUGCCACCUGGUGCCGCUGCUGCAGGCCGCCACCGUCUUCGCCUCGGUGCUGUCCCUCACGGCCAUCGCUGUGGACCGCUACGUGGUGGUGGCCCACCCAGUGAGGAGGAGGAUCUCUGUCGGGGGCUGCGGCGCGGUGGCUCUGGGGGUGUGGGGGUUGUCUCUGGCCCUGGCUGCCCCUCCCUCCCUCCACACCCGCUACCUGGACCUGAGGCCCCGUGGGGUGGAGCUGGUGGUGUGUGAGGAGUUCUGGCCGAGCUCUGGCCAGCUCAGGCUGCUCUACUCCUGCUGUAUCCUGGUAGCCUCCUACAUGAUCCCUCUGCUGUCAGUCAGCGUGUCCUACUGUGCCAUCACAGUGCACCUGAGACGCCACACGCUGCCCGGAGAGCCCUCACACUGCCAGCAGCGCUGGAGCCAGAGGAGGAGGAAAACCUUCUCUCUCCUGGUGGCCUCUGUGCUUGCCUUUGCCCUCUGCUGGCUGCCCCUGCAGGUGCUGAACCUGCUGCUGGACCUGGACCCAGACUACCACAUCGUGGACAAGCGCUAUGUCAACGUGCUGCAGGUGUGCUGCCACCUGGUGGCCAUGAGCUCCGCCUGCUACAACCCCUUCAUCUACGCCUCCCUGCACAGCAAGAUAUGGCUGCACCUCAAGGGCUACCUGUGCCCUUGCCGCCGCCAGGGGCCCCCAGGGGGCCAGCUCCUCUCCCGCUGCACCUCCCGGAACCCGGCCACCUGCCUCAGCCUGCUCUCUGAGGUCCCCGCCCCCGGCAAGGAGACCCCGGGGGCCGCCGGUCGAGAGUCUGACAGCACCCUCUGAGAACAUCAGGAACCACAGCAUGGUUUAUAGAUAGGGUUCAAAGGUCAUAUGCCAUAGCAGCAGCCAUUACAUAUAUCUCAUACACGCAUUUAGAGACGACGUAGGAGCAGGGAGGAAGGGGAGAAUGAGGAGAGGCAGAGAGACCGUGGGACAGGGGGGGGGGGAUCAGGCUGCUCUGGAGAUCGUCAUCCCUCUGGGCCAUUCAUUCUAUUUGGCUUGGGUGUCACUACAACAGCCCUGCUGCCCAGGACGAUGAGCAGUGUCCCGCAUCUUCUGUGAGGCAGAGCGUGUAAACACUGUUGGGACCUUGGGCCGGGAUGCAGGUCUGGAAAGCGGCAGAGGGGGUGAUGACCCUGCUCUGUACUCCUCACUCUCCAAAUGGAUUACACACACAGGAAACAGAGGAGGGCAACAGGGCACAAACAGUCCGCAAAGAUAGCUCACCCUUUUCUGUUGUUCCCUCGUUCUGCUGUGCCUUCGCCUGAUUUUGACAUGUUUUGUACUUUCUCUCCCUCGUCUUACUCUCUCGAUCCCUUUUUCCGAUUCAUUUCAAUGCAUGUAGCUUUACUUUUUAUUUUGAUUCCUCUCUCUCGCUCGCUCUCUCUCCGUCUUGUCUUUCUCUCUGCCUGGGCCAUAUGGAGUGAUUCCCCAGCCCAGUGCUAGUUAGGUGUGUUGGAGUAUCUUUGAACAGGUGUUGUUCCCUGCAGGAUUUCCCUGCAGUCUCAAACCCAAUCAGCUCCCCGGAACUCAAUUAAUCCGAAGCAAAGCGCUAUCUGUGCAGUCACCCACAGUGAUAUUAUGGCUGCCAUGUUGACUGACAGCCCAGGAACAGCACCCAGUCUGCCAAAUGUACCUCACAUUUGGAUUAGUUUCUUAUCUGUUGCUGAGUAGCGCAUCUAGAACACAACAUACACUUUUUAACCCAUUGUUAUGCCACUUGCUGAACCCAGAGACACUGUCUUUGAGCCUAAUAAAAAGGAUUAAUUCCCAGAG